GGUGUACUUCCAUGUGUGGCCACAAGAGGCUGCUGUGCGCACGUAGUCUUCUGUUUAUGGUCUUCUCAAUGAAACUGUAGUCCAGCCAAAGGUAAGGACAAGUAGUGACAUGGCGCAGUUACAUAAAGUAGGGAAGAAAAAAUAACAUAUUACAGCCUUUUUGAUUCGUAAAUCGGUAAACUAGAAGAUUAUACGGACAAAUUUUGAGAGCAGUUUGCCAACUGCAGCUUUUGUGGAGGUGUUUAGUAAGAAUACAGCAGACGAUGCCACAAAAGAGGAAGGCCGCCAUUUCUGAUCUUGAAGCGGCUCUCGCAGCGGACCGGAAGGACUCUGCAAAAGUCGACGUGGAGGCGAUUACUUUCAUUUGAACUCCAGAGCUGUGAUGGAGUUAAGGAAGCAGCUCAGAAAGGAAUUUAGCGCACUCUGAAUGCAAGCGGGGAGAGCUAGAAGCAGAAAAAGAAUUCCAGGAGCUUCGUUACCAUGUCAUUGAGAUUCAACCGAGGCACUUGAGCAAAAGCGCUUCCAUAAUCCAGGUGUUGGAUCUUCAACAAGAGGUUAAAGCUAAAGCCCAUCAGCUGCUGCUCCUACAGAUUGAUGUCGCAGCAGCUCCGUCCAGACAGAAGAAACCCAAAUAGGAAAAUGCUUCUGACCCACGAGAGCAAAGAAACCAAGUCCUCUCCGGUAGCACAAAAAGCCGAUGUGAACCAACUGCGACAGAGGACGUGGAAUCGAGAGCACACGUCAGCUCCGAUCACAUAGGUGAUAAAACAUUCGAGCUAAAGAUGACCUUCUGGCUCAGAAAGAGAAAAGAAUUUGUCAGCUGAGGUCUGAGCUGUGUGAAGGGAACGAAUACAUCAAUUAAGCUCCAAGACACACGCUCCUAUAUGUCGAUGUGAUGACAUUUACAUAAAUACAGCACCGACACCAACCGGCCGAGGCGGACGGCUGCCAAUCCGGAGCCCCCAGAACAAGUGUCUGCAUGUAAAAGGGGAGUUUUUCCAGGACGCCAUGCUUACUCACGGUGGGAGUUUCUCGUAACCAUAGUUAUGCAGGACACAAGCUCAUCUGAGACGAACGCUUUUUAGCUCAAUUACAAAAAACACAUUUUGCGUGCAUCAACAGGAUUUCAGUUUGAAAAACUUAAUGCCAUAAUUCUAACAUAACUCAAUACAGCCUGUUUUGUCACAAACGUUAAAUCAAUGCUAUGUUUUAUUUUGAAAACAGGAAAUGUGAUGUAAUUUGUCAGGUGACAGGAACCAGGAAGUCAAUGAAGAAUAUGGCUCAGAACUGCUGUUUGUAUUGGUAGCUUUUCAAUCCAGUUGAGUCUGCCUGCAUCCUAUACCUUUUUGAUAGCAUCGUUGUUUUACUCUUUCUCAUGUCAAUAAACCUGUGGACAACGGACCAUUGUCUUCAGAGUCGUGAUGUCAGAAAAGAGUUCGUCUAACUGCCAAGGUGUAUCGGAGCGCAUAUACCGAGGGCGGCAUAGUAAAACAACGCUUUCUACCGGGCAAGAUAACGCAGCCAACUGACAGAUGCUACUAACAACGUCAUCACACGCAACCAGUGGAUGACCAUCACAGCGGUGUCUAAACAGAGUCUCUCCAGGUCAUCAUCCGCCACAAACCUCAAGGAAGCAGCAACGCCGUCCCAUCCGGAGUGAAGAUAAGUUAUCUUGUGCAACGGAAUGAGAACACACGGAGGAUGUGAACCACUGAGAGCCUUGCUGUCUCUUAUGAGCUUCCUAUCUUUGUCAGCAGCACAUGUAUGUACGCUAUAUGUUGCGUACAUUAGCGUUUGUCCCCUGCUUGCUUGCUUGCAUGCUUGAGUUGCUGUUGAUCCUUGACGUGUUGUCUCUUCUAGAUUACAGGUAUUUGUACAACCACUGCCCGGGUCCGGAGUGGAACAUUAUCUGUAGAGGCUGCUGCGAGUAUGAUGUGAUUCGCUGUAAAUGCCCCCUACAGGGGACGCCGGUGGGCUACGCAGUGCCCUGCUGUCGCAACGCCAUCACUGAGUGCGACCCCUGCAUCAUACAUCCAGGCCUCCGGUGCCCACCCGCGGAUCAACAGAGGGUCUCCACUCGGGGGCCCGCGUCACUUUCUGUUGUGACCCCGGCCUUUGCUACCAGCCCUAUGAACUUAAAUAAUACUCUCACUGAAGAAGACAAGGACAGAGACAGGGCAAAAAACACAGGAAGGUGCAACGGAACAGAUGGUGAAAAACCUUUCAGCAAAACGAAAGAGAAAGGUCACAAAAACAUAACGGGUGAAAACGACAGUGUUGGAGGGGGAGAAAUAAGCACUGAGCACGACAAUAAAACUGCAGUCGACAGCAGGGAUAAAGUGGACAGUGAAGGGACAAACAACAGCCUGAAUACUGUCAAAAUGAAAGAACCCGGCACCGGAAAGCCACCUGAGAAAAACAAGGGAAGCCCAGACACAAAUUUCGAGACAGAAAAGACAGACAUCACAGAAAUAGUUGUGAUAAAAGACAAAGGACAGGUAGAGAAGGAAAGGAAAGAGGAGCAGGUGAAUGGAAAAAGAGGUUCAAACAAGGUCGGUCUGAACGACUCCAAGGUGGGAACGAACAUCAUAGCUGAGGGGGACGACGCAGCCAAGGGGGUUGAAUUGGAAAUGACAAAGAACCACACUGUCAUACGCGACACGAAGGACACACAGAAGGAAAAUAAUACCAAAGGUUCAGCAGAGCCGGGGAAGAAAAUCCUUCCCACUGGAGUUGACAUCACACAGUACAGAGCGGGAAGCGAGGAAAAUGGCAAAGCAAAGGACAAAAAGGAUCCUGCUGAGAAAAGCAGGCACGAGGUGGAGGGGGUCAGCGGGAACAAAGAAAAGGAAAACAAAGUCAAUCAAAGCUUCACUGUGUGUGGGAAGCAUCCGACCUUCGACCCAGAGAGGCCGGCAGAGGCUCACUGGCCUUGGCUGGCUGCCAUUUACCGCCGCUUCACCAACAGAGCCGGGACCAAGGUGACCAAGGCAGACGGCCAGGCAGGGUCCCCGAAGGUGGACUUCGAAGCAGGAACUGGCAGCUACGAUGGGGCUGCUAAAUGGCAGCUAGUGUGCAGCGGGGCUCUGGUGAACCAAAAGAGGGUGCUGGUUGCAGCCCAUUGUGUCAUAGAGCUGGGAAAGGUGUAUCCUCUGGAUGCAGCCGAGCUUAAGGUGGUGGUAGGGAAGCACUCCUGGGAUGACCGCAGGGAAGACAAAGGUCCUCAACACCUGAGGGUGGCCUCCGUCGUUGUUCACCCCAACUACGAUCCCCACGUCCUCGACUCUGACAUAGCUGUGGUCAAGCUGCUAGACAAAGCAAAGGUCAGCGAGAAGGUCCUGCCCCUCUGCCUCUCAGACCUCUCAGCCAGGGAGGGCGAAGGUCGGGCUCGUUCACCUUGCCGACGUGGUUCCCUACGAGCGGCAGUACGCCCGUAACGGCAUGCCAGUCAGCGUGCUCUGUGCCAGCCACAAGCCUCUAACAUAUGUCCCUCUGACACGGGGGGGAUCCUCGUCCUCCCCGCCCUCCCUGAGAACCGAGCCAGCAACAAGCAAAAGCCCUCUGUCGGCUCUAGGCAGGUGCAGGGGCAGAAGCGGAGGGCUGUGGAGGCUCAUGGGAAUGGUGAGCUUUGGCUAUGACCAAGGGGAGUGUGAUCCCGACCUCUACACAGUAUACACGCGUGUGGCCAACUUCAAAGACUGGAUAGAGAGCAACAUUACAUUAGAUUACAUUACAUUUAGCAGACGCUUUUUAUCCAAAGCGACUUACAUUACACUUUAAACCCAUGGCUUUUUUUCACAUUUUUGCCCGGGGAGCAAUUAGGGGUUAGGUGUCUUGCUCAGGGACACUUCGACAUGGAGCUUCCCAGCACACCUUCUCUAACCCCUGCGCCACGACGACCCCAACAUGAAAUAAAGAUGACCCUAUCUGCUUCUUACAUAUUUAAAAGACUUCAUAUCCUACAGCGCUCGCUUUUUUUCUUCCUCGUUUGCCUGUUUUUCUCAGUUUUUUUCGUCCUCCCCAACCUUCUUGCACUAAAGCGUUUCCCCAUUCGACGCAGAAGCACUGCAACACUGGAGAAUACAGUGCUCUAACUGAAGGGGGUGCUGACGCAUCAGAUGUGCUGAGCAUCAACAUCUCACUACAAAACUUCAGUGUUCGGGUCCCUCGGCCUUUUUCCGACUUGAACGUGACCGCCUGAAUUUGUGCACUCAUGUACUCGAUGGAAUGUAUAUAUUGCCUAAAAUUCAUAUGACUGAUGAGAUGUACAUAUUGUAUCUAAAGACAGAAAAAUCAUGAGGUUUUUGGAUUAAAUAUAAUGUAGGUAAAGCUG